GAUACUGCCCUGUCAUCGCUCCUUUCAACGUCGUCGCCUUGACAUGCUCCUUCAAAAGCGCGAUAUGAGAGCUCACACAGCGAUGCCUGAAACCAGGGCAAUUCUUCCAUGCUUCACCUCGUGAGCGGUCCUAGAUUCCUUCACUAUCCUUACCCAGCAUCGGAGACAGGGGACGCCUGCACCCAACAACCAUGGACAUCAAAGACUUUCCCCGUCUCAGCCGCGAGGAAUUCUCCGAGGCUUGUCACAGCUUGGACAGGCGAUACUGCCAGGCAACCCUAGGGCCAUUGCGCAGGCGUUGGCGGCUAAGGAUCUGCGCCGCGUUGGACACGCUCUUCUUCGACGACGGCGGCUACUCGACGUACAUUCAGAUUACACGCCCUAUAGAGCACGUUCUCGAUCAUGGCGAUUUAUCACUGGAUCUGGACAAAUUUUCGUUUUCUGAUCAUGACAAAGACGAUGCCAUGGUCAUGGCAGACCAGGGCAUGCUAGACGACGAAGAAGCAGACUCGGCUGCCAUCAUUCAGUGCGUGCCGCGGCCAAGCAUGCCGUAUGUCACGUACGAAAUUCAUCUGCAUCCGACCUAUCGGGUCCCUUGCUUGUGGUUCUCCCUCCACAACCUGCCUCCAGAAGAGCCCGCCUUCAACGUCGAUACAGUCUUUCGCCGCUUAGUCCCCGACGAGUACAAGGACGGCCUUCGAAGGCUCGGAGGUAUUGGUGGCAUCUCUGCUGAUGUGAGUGCCGCGUUACCACCAGCCGCUCCCGGGGUGUCCGUUUGGAGCUAGGCUCACCCAGCUAACACAAACUCGCAGCAUCACCCCGUCACAGGAGUCCCGGCUUUCUUUGUACAUCCCUGUUUGUUGGGAGAUGCUAUAUCGAGCUUCCAAUGCUCCAGGGAGAACUACCUCAUGAUCUGGCUCGGGCUCGUAGGCGGUUGUGUCGGACUUUGGGUGCCCAAGGAAAUGGCCGAGCAGUAAAACAAACCAGUGCUCGUUACUUGGCUCGUCA